UCAAAUCAUUUAAAGCAAAAGUCCAAAACCACAACGCGUCUUAGAUGAACAAUAACAACAGCAGCAGCAACAAGAACUUUCAAUUUAGACCCUUUACUCGGUUCAAGAUUCAACAUCAACAUCCCCCGGUGUAGUUUCUACCUCAACAACACCUUCCAAGAUAUUUCCUUGGUUCUUUUUUUCUUUUGCCAGGAAACUUAGGUAUAUAGAAAAGAAAUGUUCAAUAAGACCCUCUCUCUCUCCACACCUUGUCGCCAAAUUGACUUAUCUAAAUAAUAAUCAUCUUGCAUCUUUUCCUCCCUUAAAAAUAAAGAGUAGUUCAAACUUGAAACUAGGAACCCAGUUGACCAGUCCCCACCUUCUUCUUCUUCUUCUUCUUCCUCCUCUAGCAGCCAGCCAUCCAAGAAAAUCCCAACCCAUCAUUUCUCUCUCCUUCUACCCAUUAAAGUCUCAUUUGUUUCCUUCCCAAGAAACCAAUUCUCUCUCCUUUUUUUUCCCCUUGAAAACUAGCGCUAAACAAGAAAAGCAGGAAAGAUCAAGAAAAACAAGAAAGAUCAAGAAAAGCAAAGGCAAAUAGAGAAAAAGGAUGAAUGAUUUAUUUUCUGGUUCGUUCUCUCGGUUUCGCAACGAGCAAGGCUCACCUGAUCACCAUGUGAUCCAGAUGACAGAAACACCAUCUACAGGUGGAGUUAACUUGGAUAAAUUCUUUGAAGAUGUUGAGUCUGUUAAAGAUGAGCUUAAAGAAUUAGAGAGGCUGAAUGAGAGUCUUCAAUCUGCUCAUGAGCAAAGCAAGACUCUACAUAACGCUAAAACUGUUAAAGAUUUAAGGUCAAGAAUGGAUGCUGAUGUUGCUCAAGCUUUGAAGAAAGCCAAGCUCAUCAAGGUCCGGUUAGAGGCUUUGGAUCGCUCCAACGCUGCUAACCGGAGCUUACCUGGUUGUGGACCUGGGUCUUCUUCCGACAGAACCAGAACCUCUGUGGUCAACGGGUUGAGGAAGAAACUGAAAGAUUCAAUGGAGAGUUUUAAUAGCCUGAGAGAGAAGAUAUCAACUGAGUAUAGAGAGACUGUACAGAGAAGGUAUUAUACUGUCACCGGUGAAAAUCCUGAUGAAAAGACACUUGAUCGCUUGAUCUCUACAGGUGAGAGCGAGACUUUUCUGCAAAAAGCAAUUCAAGAACAGGGAAGAGGAAGGAUUUUGGAUACUAUAAAUGAGAUACAAGAGAGGCACGAUGCUGUAAAGGAGAUGGAGAAAAAUCUAAAAGAGCUGCAUCAAGUGUUCUUGGACAUGGCAGUAUUGGUGCAAGCUCAAGGUGAGCAAUUGGAUGACAUAGAAAGCAAUAUGCAGAGAGCAAGCUCCUUUGUCCGAGGAGGAACUCAGCAGUUGCAAACUGCUAGAACUUUGCAGAAGAAUACCCGAAAAUGGACUUGCUAUGCCAUCAUUAUUUUGCUGGUCAUCAUCUUGUUUGUGGUGUUGUUCACCGUUAGGCCAUGGGAGAACAACGAUGGGGGCGGCGGAGGUGGUGGUGGUGGCAACAACCAGCCAGCUCCUAUUCAGAAUCCAACACCACCACCACCAUCACCACCACAAGCGUAGAACUUGAUUAGUUUCUAGCUUGUAUACAUAUAUAUUAUAUUCUUUUGUUGAAUAUGUCUAUUUAGUUUGAAACUUUGAGCAUUGAUUUUCUUGAUUCUAUACAGUUUUCUUAUCUUCACCUCUUUUUUUAAAAGACAGAAUAUUGAUGGGAAAGGGCAUAGUUUAGCAGAUCAUUUAGGACAGUUACGUUGAGAUUGGAUUGAAAGCUUAGCUUUCCUAAUUGCCAUUGAUUCUGUUGUGCUUAGGCCUUUAUGGGGUUUGAUUAUUACAUUCUUUUCUGUAA